AUGCUGGAGCUCUUCUCAGAAGCAGCUCCAGAAACUUCCAGGAAGGUGACCAGGGAUGACGUGGCCAAAGCAGCAGAGAGCCUCGUGAAGCAAGCUGUCAAAGUGGCAAUCUUCUGGGCAGCUGCCACUCCCCUAAAGGCAGCAGAAGCUGCCCCGCUCCUCUCGGAUUUCCACGACUCGUUUGUGGCCUCCAUGCUGCUGCUGCACGCCUGCAGUGCUGGCGCUGCUGCCACGUGGCAUGCUGCCAUUCGCUCGGCUGCGGAGGGUGUCGUGUCAGCCUCUGCUGCUCUGCUGGACACUGCUUUGACCACGACAAAUGCCACACAGCGAGCUCAGCUCCUCCCCAGGCAGGUGGGCGUGCUGCAGUCAGCGUACGCAGAACUGAAGAAGCUUCCAGUAAGCAAUGAGGCGGCUGUGGGUCGCGUGCUGGUGACUCUUGCUGCGUCGAUGAAAGACGUUGCCAGGGAGGUGGGGGAGAUGGUGGGAAGAGAAGGGAUUCAGAGCGGUGCAGUGGGAGAGGAGAAAAUUGAGGAGGAGAAAGGGGACGGCGGGGCGGAGGGGAGGGCUGAGGAAGGCCAAGAGGCUCGUUUCUGCUUGAACCUGUACAAGGUUGAACACGAGACCCAAGAUUUGUGUACGGAAUGCCAGAUGCUGCAACCGUGUGAUGAGAAUUACGACAUUUAUGUUGCGGAGCCAUAA